CCCUCGCGUUAUACCCCACCCAGAAUAGCAAGCAAGUACACACCACCGCAUGCACCGAUGGCUCCCUCGCUCUCCUUCGCGCUCUCCCUGGCCAUCUUGCUCCUGCUCCAGCUCCAAGCCGCCACCGCGCAGCCCACCGCCGGGGACGCGGCGCCGCAGCUGCCGAGGGCGGAGCUGGCGGCCGUGUUCCGCGUGAUGGCGGACCUCCUGGGCGACCCGGCGUGGCCGCAGCUCCACCCGCGGCCCUGCACCGACACGCCGUGGCCGGGGCUCCAGUGCGAGGCGGCCCCCGACGACGCGCGCGUGCUCCGCGCCACGCGCCUCCACUUCGGGCCCGACGUCGCCACCCCGCCCUGCAGGCCCGGGGCCAGGCUCGACGCCGCCUCGCUGCACGGCCUGCCGCACCUCCAGACGCUCUCCCUGUUCGGCUGCUUCGCCUCCGGCGGCGCCGGCGCCGGCGUCGAGCUGCCGGCGGCGCUGUUCGCGGGCGCGGCCACGUCGUCCCUCGAGCAGAUCGUGCUCAAGUCCAACCCGGGGCUGAGGGGCCCGAUCCCCGCCACGCUGGGCGGCCUGCGGAGGCUCCGCGUGCUCUGCCUGUCGCAGAACGGGUUCGGCGGCGGGAUCCCCAGGGAGCUCGCCGGCCUCGCCGCGCUGCAGCAGCUCGACCUCAGCUACAACAACAUCACCGGCGAGAUACCCGAGGAGAUCGGAGGGAUGGCGAGCCUGACGAUCCUGGACCUGAGCUGGAACGGCAUCGCCGGCGGCGUGCCAGCGGCGCUGGGCCGGCUGCGGAGGCUGCAGAAGGCGGACCUGAGCUACAACCGCCUCGCCGGCCGCGUGCCGCCGGAGGUGGGGUCGCUGCGGGAGCUGGUGUUCCUGGACCUGAGCCACAACGCGCUCGCGGGCCCGCUGCCGAGCUCGCUGUCCGGCCUGUCCAGGCUGCAGUACCUGCUGCUGCAGGACAACCCGCUGGGCACGGCGGUGCCGGGCGUCGUCGGCGCGCUGCGGCGGCUGCAGGUGCUGGGCCUGUCCGGGUGCGGCCUGACGGGGCCCAUCCCGCGGGCCGCGUUCGCCGCGCUGGGCAGCCUCACGGCGCUGUCGCUGGACCGGAACCGGCUGGACGGGCCGAUCCCGGCGACCCUGGCGGCGCUGCCGCACCUGGGCCAGCUCAACCUGAGCCAGAACCGGCUGGCCGGGGAGAUCGCGCUGCCGGGGGAGUUCGUGGCGCGGCUCGGCCAGCGCCUCGACGUGCGGGGCAACGACGAGCUCUGCGUCGGCAGGGGGCUGCAGGGGAGCGGCUACCUGGGGGCGCCGCCGUGCGCGGACCGGCGCGACGGCGGCGGAUCGACGGAGGGAUCCAGUGCCACCGCGGGGGCGGCGGCCGGUGGCCGGCGGCGGGGCUACGGUUACGGGUCCGUCGGCGUACUGGCGUGUCACGUUUUCUUGUCGUCUCUGGUGGUGUUCCGGUUGUGACGUGAUGUAACCUGGCUCGUUCUUCUUUCGUGAUCGUGUGUGGUCGGCUAACCGGACGGGACGCGUGUUUUCCUUGACCUCUGAUCCUGCCUGCCCUGUGUGCGCGCGCAGCGGUACUCCUCGUUGCUCACUGAAGCAUUUUUUU